ACUUCCGGUACAGUACUGCAAUUUUUUCCAACAUGGCGGAUAUGUAGCUCGUAUCAGAGUGAGGGGCAAGCCGCGUAGAAGUUAAACUAGUUUAGGUUCAUUUAAGUAGUAAAAAGUGUAUAUUCAUAUAGUUUUGGUGUCUUUAGACGACAGGCCGCUGGAAAUGAAGGGAAAAGAGCGGUCACCGGUGAAGAAACGCCCCCGGGAUGUAGAUGUUAGCAGAGACCGAGGAGGAAGCCACUCGAUCGGCAAGAAGACCGGAGCAGUGCCGGCGGUGGGAAGUAACAACGGUAACGGCUCGGCUCAAAGCGGGACAUCAUCCAGGAGGAGUUUGAACAAUGAGAAAAGAGACGCCAGGGACUUAGGUGGACACAAUUCCUCCAGUCGGGCUAGCGGUUACGACUACGGAGGUGUCCCACCGAGCAAGCCGUAUGGCGGCGCUGACAUCUCCGCGGAAACACCCAGGUCUCGGCCUCCGUCAAACCCCGAAAGUGAGUACAAGACUCUGAAAAUAAGUGAACUGGGCUCUAAGCUGAACGACGAGGAGAUAGAGGACGGACUCUUUCACGAGUUUCAGAGAUUCGGGGACGUUAGUGUCAGAAUAGGUCGAGAAAACGACGAGAAGGUGGCGUUUGUGAACUUCAGGAGGCCAGAGGACGCCCGGGCGGCCAAACACGCCCGCGGCAGGCUGGUGCUUUACGACCGGCCUCUGAAGAUCGAGACCGUUUACAUGAACAGGCGAAGAAGUCGCUCCCCUGUUUCAAAAGACAGUUUCCCCUCAGGACAGAGGCAUCUCCAUUCCCAGAGACAGCUGUCCCCCACUGGUCUGGGGUACAGAGACUACCGGCUACAGCAGCUGGCUCUGGGCCGUCUCCCUCAUCCUCCUCCUCCUCCUCCACCACCUAACAUACGAGAUCUGGAAAGAGACAGAGAUUUUUCAAUGUAUGAUGCGAGGAAUAGACCCCCGUUCACCCCUGAAUGUGCUGUUUACCGUGAGGAGGACCUGGUGAACCCUGAGGACGACCAGAGGGCAAACAGGACUCUGUUUCUGGGCAGUCUGGACGUCAGUGUGACAGAGAGUGACCUGAGGAGGGCGUUCGACAGGUUUGGGGUGAUAACAGAGGUGGACAUAAAGCGAGCAGUGAGAGGCCAGAGCAACACCUAUGGCUUUAUCAAGUUUGAGAAUCUUGACAUGGCUCAUCGUGCCAAAGUAGCCAUGGCAGGGAAAGUGGUGGGCCACAACCCAAUCAAAAUUGGCUAUGGUAAACCUACACCCACGACCAGGCUGUGGGUGGGAGGUCUUGGACCCUGGGUUCCGCUAGCUGCACUGGCUAAGGAGUUUGACCGCUUUGGGACCAUCAGGAAUAUAGACUACAGGAAAGGUGAGGUGUGGGCUUACAUUCAGUACGAAAGUUUGGAUGCUGCUCAGGCUGCAUGUAUUCACAUGAGGGGCUUCCCUCUGGGAGGCCCUGACAGGAGACUCAGGGUGGACUUUGCGGACACAGAGCACCGCUACCAGCAGCAGCAAUACCUGCAGCUCCCCCUCCCCCUGCCUCACUAUGACAUAGUUCCUGAACCCUUUGCUCACCGUCUUACUGACUCUGUGAGAGUGAGGUCCCCUCCACUUUCUGCUCGCUUUAGAGACAGGGACCUGUACUCUGGUGCUGAGUGGUCUGGCCUUGGUGUCCAUGACAGGAUGCGAGGAUCUGGCUUUGAUCCUUUAGAUCGUCUGGAGAGGCAUUCCUGUGAGACCUGGACAAUAGAGCAAGAGCGUGAGUUGCAAAGCAGAGAUCUAAGUCGAAAAAGGAAACAUUUAAACGAUGGUUUUCGGCAGGAUCAUUCACCUGACAUUAAUGACUUUGCUCUCCGUCGUCAUGGCAGCUCACUAGAGCGCAGCCCUGGAGGGAGCAGCAGAGAUGGUGGACGCUGUAGUGAUCCUGAGCGUUUACCUCGCUCUGGCAGAGCCACCCCCAACAGAGAGCGCCAGGACCCUGGCUUUGGAGAAAGGAAAAGAAGAACGCUUAGCCCAGCAGAGCUCGGCUCCUUCUCUGAGAAGGAGCAAAAACGCAAAGUCAGUGACUCCUCGAAGAGCCCAGCAAAAAAGGAGAACCGUGAAGGACGUCUUUCCUCCCUGUCUUGCUCCAAGUCUGAUCAACAGUCAAAGACAGCAGCCGGGGGCCAGAAGCAAAGUGAGAUCUGGCAGGGCGUCCUGCUUCUAAAGAACAGCAGCUUUCCCACAUCACUGCACCUGUUGGAGGGGGACUUGUCGGUGGCGACCAGCCUGCUGGGGGAGGGCUCCAAGAAGGGUCAAGUGUCGCAGCUAAAGAUCAGCCAGCGUCUGCGCUUGGACAAGCCCAAGCUUGAUGAGGUGUCUCGUCGCAUCAAGGCAGCUGGCUCCAGUGGAUACUCCAUCCUCCUGGCUCUGCCUGGGAAAUCUGAUGAAGGAGGGGUCCAGGACUCCAGCAUCUCAACAGAGAGGCCUCUGAAGAACCUGGUGUCCUACCUGAAGCAGAAGGAGGCUGCAGGGAUCAUCAGCCUCCCUGUGGGAGGCGGCCGUGACAAGGAUCAUGGAGGAGUCCUUCACGCGUUUCCACCAUGUGAGUUCUCACAGCAGUUCUUGGAUGCCUCUGCCAAGGCAUUUGCCACAUCAGAGGACGACUACAUGUUGAUGGUCAUUAUCAGAGGAGCAUCAUGAGAGAAAAAGAGCAAAGAAAAUGUUUCUUUUCACAUUCAUGAACUGUUAAACUGUGAGUUGUAAAAACAGAUGACAGGGUCUGCAUGGUAGCUUGGAUGUCUUACUGUUGUAAGUUUAUAAAAAGAAAAGUCUAAUUGAAGUGAAAACAUUUGAUAAAUUGUUGGAGUUAAUUAUUAUUACAUGUGUCAUGUUGCCUUCUGCGACUUACUUAUCAGAUAAAUUUACAUCAUCCCAAGGGUGCUCUGCUGAAAGUAACUCAGAGCAGUUCUGUGAAUCAAUUCUUUAAGUUUCCUUUUCUCAUUCAAAAGAAACACAAGUCCUUUUGGUGUAUUUUUUUAUAAUGUCUGCCAAUAACAAAAAGAAAAUUUAAGAUCCAAAACCAAGUAUUUGACCUUUCUUUAUCUAUUCUCAGCAUAGACUUGACCAGUCAGCAUCAGCAGGUUUGCAGUACUGAAUUUAUUGUAUAGCUUGCCUAUGAAAGAAUGAAGUCAAAUUCAUGUACAUAAAAUCUUUAUCUUGAUUCAGGAAAUAUAUCUUUUUGCUCACCAAUACAUCAUAUUCCAGAUGUGCAUCUGUGUUACUUUUUAGCUGACAAAGUAACAAUUAUAAAUACUUCCUAAAUCACAGUUGUAUUAGAACAGCUCUUUUAGAUUUUGUCAGCUAUUGUGUCAACCUAAAAAAAAAAUGGGGAAAAGUAGCUGUAUGAGUUCUUCUAAUAUCUGGCUUAAGCACUGUUUUUCCUUGUAUUUGUUAAAAUGCACACGAGAGCCUUAAGUGUUAUAGUAUAAUCAAAACCAUAAAUAUCAAUGCUUUAUUUCUUAUCCACACCAGGAGGUUAAGUGACAUUACGGGGUGAAAUGAAUCCAGAAGUGGUAUGUAGAGGUGGACUCAAGCAGCAAGCUCCUGUUCAUUAUAAUACAGUUAAAUACAACAACCCUGCAGCUAAUAGGUCAUUUAAAUUUGACGAGAGAAGAGAGUUUAAUCUGUUUAUUUCUGACAAGAAGGUGUUUUAGUGAGCUGCAGAGUGUUCAAAGGUUCUAUGUGGGGUUGCAACUAAUGAUUAUGUUAAUCAUUUAGAGAGCCACUCAUUCUAUUCUUAAGUAAUCAAUUAUAAGAGCUUUAAAAAAAUCAGAUGAUAGUACAAAAUAAAUCAGCACCUUCGGGGAGCUUUUCCUACAGUGAUGUAAAAGAAGGAAUAUAAACUUAAACACAUUUUAGAAGUGUUGAUCAUCAAAUUCUUGCAUGUGUGCUUGAAGAUUGACAGUUGACAAAUGAUCUGGGCUCUAACUGUUAUCAUACUCUGACAAAGCUGAUUGCAAAAAAAGCUACUGCCUAUCAUUACUUUUGAAUGCGAUGAGCGAGACAGGGUUGCUUUUGUGUCCACCUCUUUUAUUUUGUACUUUAUUGAAUUCUUUUCCAUUUGGUUGCAAAGUAAUUGACGACAUUCUUCACUUUUCUUAUGCUAUAAUCCACUUAGUACAAAAACUACCCCAACAAAGCAUGAACUAUUGAUAAUGAGAAAAGAAGAUGGGAGUGUAUAAAUUCGGAGCGUUAUGUAUGCAAUGUACAUUUCUGAUAACGGAUCAGGAGUCUGUAAGUUGAAAAUGUUGCUAUGCUAUCACCUGGACUUGUGUGAUUGAAAACCUCCAGUGGCCUUACACGCCUUCCUCUGAGCGGACUGUUAAUCAUUCUUUUUCAUGAUUUGAUUUUUGUGUUUCCAAUGGGGGAGAAAAAAAAGAACAGAUUUGUGCUGUAUACUCAGGAUGUCUGGAGAGAGAAAUGGAGAACAUCAGUGCUCGAGGGCCUAAGAAGUAGAAACUGUCAGAAAAAAAACCACAAAGUGCAACAUGCACUUGAUUUUGUCUCAAUAAAUUUACUCUUUCGUGGGAAACACAAGUGCCUCGGAAGACAACUUUUGUGA